AAGCCUUCAAUAAAAAGAGACAUGAGACCGGCCUUGGUUUAUUCGUUGGUUUUCUCACUUCUUUUGAUUGCAAGUUUAUAUGACGCAAGAAUACACCGAAAAGACUUUUGGAAAAGCUUAAGGAAAGAUGAACCCAAGCCAAAGACAAUUCAAGAAGCUCCAAGUCACGAUUCAUUUGGAUCAAACAAAAUAGAGAAUACCAAAGAUCAAUUCGCAAGAGACUUUGAUAGACAGCCUAAUCUCAAGAUGUUCACAAAAGACUUUAAUCCAAAGAAAGAUCAAUUCGCGAGAGACUUUGAUAGGCAACCCAAUCUGAAGAUGUUCACAAAAGACUUUAAUCCAAAGAAAGAUCAAUUCGCGAGAGACUUUGAUAGGCAACCCAAUCUGAAGAUGUUCACAACAGACUUUAAUCCAAACCCGAAACAUGAGGCACCUCCUCUUAUAAAAAACUAGUUUUCUUUUAGCAUCAUCUACAAAAAUAUAUUUAAUAAAUGCAAAAUAAAGUUUGUGUUAUGAUUUCAUGUGGAUUAAACUGUUAACCAUCAAAUUUGUUGGUUGGGGCAUUUAAGUA